AUGGCUCCAGAACGAAAAUCCCGACAGAGGAAGCCAGCCAAAGUCGCAUUCGUGGAUGUUGGUGAAAAUGAUACCAAUGGCAGUGCGAGUGAAGAUAUAAUGGAGAAAGAUGAGACUGAAGAGAAGCUAGAAAGACUGCUAUUUGGCGACUCGGAAGGGUUUCACAGUGCGCUCAAGGAACGCGAAGUGUCAACGUCCAACGGGCUCGUUCUUGCAGACGGGUCGGACUCGGGAGACGGAUUGAGAGACGGCGGUGAUUCAGAAGAUGAUUUAGCGGAUGUGCCUGAUGAGGAUCUAUUCUACCUUGACGCUGGAGACUCUACAACUCUAGCUCCCAUAUCAAAGGAUGAACAGCCAACGACAGGAGAUAUAGAGCCAUUUACAGAGCCGGAAAUCCCUGCUGCAUGGGAAGAUAGCGAUGACGACCGCAUUCGAGUCUCACUGGCUGAUAACGAGCGUCUGAGAAAAUUACGACUUAACGAGGCCGAGGAUGUGAUAGGUGGGAGAGAAUACAUUGCUCGUCUUAGGAGGCAGUUUGAACGUCUCCAGCCCGCUCCAGAAUGGGCCAGUCCAGCAGCUAAGAGACGAAAGACAGCUGAGGAUACGUCUGAUCUGUCGAUGGAUGACCAGGAUGAAGAGGAAUCCAUGCCCGCGCAGCCCCUGGCGAAGCUGUUGCAGAAUAUAGGAGACCUGACUAGAUCUGGUCCAAAUGUUACUUCUGCUGGAAAGAGAAAGCUGCGCCAGGGUGUUCUGGAUAUUCAGCGUUUGAAAGAUGUUGGUGGGAACCAGCCGUCUUCAAUUGACUCAUUGUCUUUCCACCCUCAUUAUCCACUACUACUUUCAUCUGGGCCAGCAUCUACCCUUUUCCUACACCACAUAUCACCUGACGCUGCUUCUCCUAAUCCUCUACUUACCUCCCUCCAUAUUCGCCAUACACCUCUAAAAACCAGCACAUUUGAUCAGCCAACAGGUAACCGUAUCCUAUGUUCUGGUCGUCGACGAUUCUUCCACGUCUGGAACCUGGAUACGGGGAAGAUUGAAAAAGUCGUCGGUCCAGCUGAUCGCAAACACGAACUAAAGUCCAUGGAAUAUUUUAAAGUCUCCCCAUGUGGCCGCUGGAUCGGAUUCGAAGGAACUACCAAAAAGGGCGGCGGCGUUAUCAUUAUCCUCGAUGCAAAUACCAUGCAAUGGGUAGCCCAGGUACACAUCGACAGCCGCGGAGGAGUAGCCGACUUCGCGUGGUGGAGUGAUGGCGAAGGAAUGUGUGUUGUCGGUAAGAACGGUGAAGUCAGUGAGUGGGAUCGACGUGAGAAACGCAUUGUUGCUCGAUGGGUGGACGAAGGUGCCGUUGGCACCACGGUCUUGAGCCUUGGAGGACAAACCGGCCGGCAGGAACUUGGAGGUGAUAGAUGGGUUGCCAUCGGCAGCUCUAGCGGCAUUGUCAAUAUAUACGAUCGAAAGCCCUGGGCUGACGCUGCGGCUUUAGCCAGCAGGGGCAAGCCGUCCCAAGCACAUGGCGAAGCAGCAGAUGUUCAGUUUGGAGUACCGCAGAAGCCGAAGCCGGCUCGAGUGUUGGAUCAAUUGACGACUCCCACCAGUCAUUUGGUAUUUGCUAAAGAUGGCCAGUUCCUUGUCAUGGCCAGUCGUUGGAAGAGAGAUGCGCUGAGGCUGGUUCAUCUACCAUCAUGUACCGUCUACUCGAAUUGGCCAACGUCCAAUACACCGUUUGGUCGUAUAUCUGCUGUUGCGGUAUCUCCUACCUCAGACUCUAUUGCCGUUGCCAAUGAACAGGGGAAAAUCCGCCUCUGGGAAAUCCAUGGAUAA